AGAAUGCAUAUCCUACAUCUGCCCCCUUAAUUUCCCACUGGUCAGCGGAUGACCGUUUUCAGUUUGGGAGUCUUAAGGAGGAUUGCGUACCAAAACCCAGCAUAGGAUUAAAAACAAAACCGAGUGCGUAAUUUUGAGAGAAAUUGUUAGAAAGACGGAAAGAAGAAUAGCAUACAAUAGAAUGUUUACGAAUGACUGUUUCUGCUCUUUAAAACGUGGAUAUUUUUUGCUCAGUGACUGAGGGGCGAAUUACUCGGAUCAGAAAUCGGGAUCGCCUGUUACAGCGUUUCUUUUAAUUGUUGAAGGGGCGUCAUGAGCGACAGCACCAGGUCCAGCCGUGUCAUGAGCCCCCCGAGCCCGGAGCCCGGAAACGUGCGGGGCUCAGCGCAGCUCUACGACUGGCGCUUCACCCGCACCGCGCCGGGGCGCCUCACUGUCGCCGAAAUUGUUUUUGGCCUUCUGGUGUGGAUGCUGAUCGCGGGCACGGAUUACUCCAGUGUCCCAGCACUUGGCUGGCUGAUGUUUAUAGCGGUGGUCUGCUGGCUGCUGACCGUAUUCUUCUUUAUCGUGUACCUGACCUCGGCCUACUCCAGGAUCCCUCUGCUGCCCUGGAGGACUGUGCUAUCCCUGCUCAUCGCCUUCCUCUGUGUCUACUGUGAGUUACGGUGGUAUGGUCCCUCGGGCUUCCUGUACUUUCAAGUCGUCACAUUGUGGUUCCACAUCGCCUUUCUUAUCUUCCUGAUCAUGCACGUCUUCGACCUUCAAACUAAAAUGCCGUGCAUUAAUUGGACGAUCACGGAGUUUCUGCACUACGUGUUGGGCUUCUUCCUCGUCUUCAUCGCCUCCAUAGUGGUAGGCGUGCAGAGUCACGGGUACUCGUCUUUCGUCGCUGGUUCAGUUUUUGGAUUUAUCGCUGCCUUCUUGCUUGUGCUCAGCCUAUGGCUGUCCUACCGGGUCACAUUUGGCCGUCAGCAAAUGACUGUAGGUGUGUAGUCCAGCUGGGUCGUUUCCACCAAGGGUGAUGCGAUACCAUCCUGCCCAGCAGCUUUGAGCCUCAGAAGAUGAUGUGCAGAUCAGUUCUUCUGUCCACAGCACCUGAUGCAGUAUCGCAAGCACAAUCUAUGAGUGUUAUUUGUUGUUUCUGGAGAAAGUCUACAUUUCAGUUGCCCUCGUCAUGAUUUUCUCACGAAGCACCUUUGAUUUACUUCACAGUGUGUCUGAAAUUACUAUGCAAAUUUGAUCGUUUUAAAUAUCUUUUGAGCACCUUGAUCAAGUUGGCCAAUGACUAUACAUGCUGAGCGAAUACUUUUAGAUGAUGAAAGUUGCUUUAGGCUCUUCAGAUGAACUGUAAAAACAAAAAAAGCAGGAAAUGGCUGUCUGGUAGUAUAAUGCAGCCCAUGUCUGAAUGGGUAGGAUUUUGAAACUGUAUGCAAAAUGUAUGUAAACAGAAAUACAAUUUAAAUAUCUUUUCACAGCCUAGGAACAAGACCACCUUUCUUCUCAAUAAACUUAUUCCGUCUUUCAUCCGUAGAACUUGCAUGGUAUGUGAAUUUGGUUUCUGGGGUUACAGCCAGGGCUGCCCGUUGAAAGGCAUCUCUCCCACCUCUGACAUACUCUUGUAUUGUUUGUCUUGUAUUGAUUCCAACUCUCGUUAAUACCGGAUUUCACUGGUGCCGACAUGUUCUUGAUGGGAUUCUGGUUGGAUGCUAAGUCUUCAGCUUUCUUUGCUGGGAACCCUUUUCCAGCUAGGAGGUCUGCAGGACUUGGAGAAGCCUGUGAAGGGGCAUGGUCUUGCGGAAGGAUGCAGUCCUUCUUAAAAGCUCGGCUUUGGCACAUCUGCGCAGAUCUUGAUCCCAGCACCUCCCUGCUGCUCUCUCAGUCUUGCAGGAGCUUCCCGAUCACACAAGUCCCGCCCUUUGCCCCCCCCCCCCCCCCCAUCUGGCCCAUCCUGCCUCACCCUUCAUUCCUCAGUAAUAAUCACCUGACUAAAGUCAGUCAGUUUUAAGCCUUUUCUGCCCACUUACUCCAUUUCUGAAUGUGUGCUCGACAGAGGGGUGGCCUGCUAAUCGACCAGCGAUCUAAGGUUUCUGCAUCCCCUGUCACGUUCUACACCCGACACACCUGCCUUGAUGAAGAUUUCUGAGCUCCAUAAGGGAUAUUUAAUUAGAAUAUGCUUCAGUUUACAUUCUUCCCGGGCACUACUGCUCUUGUCUGUUCCCUGCUUUUUUCCGCAGUCCGUGGUCUCUUUAUAAUGUCUUUGAAAUUUCUGGUCUUUUACCAACGCACAAUACCUAGACCAUUUUCCGAUUCUCCCUGGCUGACAGGUCCCCAUUUUGAUUUGUAAAUACAAAAAUAUUCACAGUUCUUCUUCCUGUCUGGUGUUAUUCUUUAGGCUGCAUAAUAACAUCUGACAGCGGUUUUCUCAUUGGUUGUUGUUAACUGCAACUUAGAGGCCGCACAAUGUUGUAUAACAGGUAGAAACAUGAACAUUUUGUCUUAUCUGUCCUUAAGGUAUUUAAAAGUAUUACACUUGCAUAAUCAUUUCAGACCCACAAAGUGCCUUUGUUUGUUUACUAUAAACUUUAUUUUUAUUUGCUUCAGCACAGAUUUUUAUAUUUUAUAGUAAGACAUUUUCAGAUAUUAAAGAAAAAGAAAAAACGGUUUUACACUUUGACUGUAUUUAUGAAUUGUAUCUUCUCAUUAAAACAUUUAUUAUGUAUCAUUAA